GGAGCGUUUGGAGCCAUUCCGUGGUUGGAGUGGACCACUAUUUGGCACUUUUCCGUGUGUGUGAGUACUCGCCUAUCUGUAUCGGGCAGGAAAACGGGAGAGGGCUUCGGUGGAGACUUCAAACAACGGGGUGGCUUAUUUUUCUGUAUUUCCACCUCCUGGCUCCGGCGACAGCUCGAACGCUCUGAUGGAGGCGGAAAGAUCCGGCGGGGUGGCGGGCGGAACGAAUCAGAGCCCUGCAGGAAGCGGAGCUGGGCGCAAUCCGAACGGGCCGAAGGCUGUGCUCGGUCCUGCUCCCACCGCAGCAGCCGCCGCCGCCGCCGCGGCCGGGCCGAUGGCUGGAUCUUCACAGCCGCGAGAUCCGCAGGACGGGGAAGCGGGCCUCUCGUUGCCCGGGAUCUUACAUUUCAUCCAGUUCGAAUGGAGCCGCUUUCAAGCCGAGAAAUAUCGCUGGGAGGCCGAACGAGACGAGCUGAGGGCUCAGGUGGCGUUUCUGCAGGGUGAGAGGAAAGGUCAGGAGAACAUGAAGCAAGAUCUGGUGCGGCGAAUCAAGAUGCUGGAAUACGCUCUGAAACAGGAGAGGGCCAAACAUCAGAAGCUGAAAAGUGGCACUGAUCAGAGUCCCGGAGAAAAGAAGCCAGAGACAGAAGCUGAACCAAUACCCAAUGGGCCUGCAGAUUCAGACACUGAGCCAACCAAUCAGAUGCCUUGGAAGGAGGGCCGGCAGUUAUUGCGCAAGUACCUGGAGGAGGUGGGAUACUCCGACACCAUCUUGGACAUGCGCUCCAAGCGUGUUCGUUCCCUGUUGGGUCGCAACAGCCCAGAGGCGAACGGGCCUCCUCCCAGUGAACCGCCCGCAGAACCAGAACCUCGUGGAGGAGGAGAAUCACUACUAGUGCGCCAGAUAGAAGAGCAGAUCAAACGGCGUGCUGGGAAAGAGACUUCUAAAGAACGGAUGGGCAGCUCUGUCCUGGAUAAAAUUCCUUUCCUUCGUGGCUGUGAGGACGAUGAUGAGGAUGACAGUGAUGAAGAGGAAGACUUCCAGGGCAUGACUACAGACUGCAUUGAUGGACGCAAAAACAAGAAAUCCAGGGUCAAGAUGGGCGGAGAACCCAUGACCACAGAUCUUGACCCUGAGGACGAGGAUGAUGAAGAUGAUUCUGAGGACGCCCUGGGCGAGUUUGAUUUCUUGGGCUCAGGAGAGGAAGGCGAAGGUGCGGGAGAAGCUCGCAUAUCUGGAGACGGCCGUGAAUUGGGUUCAGAGAACCGCCGGAACAAGUUGCAAGGCAUUAUGUCAGAUUUUCCCCCCAAACCCACUCCACCUCCUACUAUCCCAGGCCAGGCACGCUCCAGUGAAGGGGGCGCUCUCGGCUUCUCAUCUGAUGUCUUCAUACUGGAUGCGGUUGGAGGAGGAGAUAUGAACCUCGGAGAGCUGGCUGACCUUACUGUUGCCAACGACAAUGACCUCACCAUUGACUUGCAGGAAAGUCGAGAAGAGUUCAAGAAAACGUGGAACCCUCGCUUCACACUACGAAGCCACUUCGACGCCAUCCGAGCGUUGACCUUUCACCCCAGCCAGGCUGUGCUGCUGUCUGCCUCUGAGGAUGGAACACUCAAGCUGUGGAACCUCAACAAGGCAAUGCACUCCAAAAAAAAUGCAGCGCUGGACGUUGAGCCCAUUUAUACAUUCAGAGCACACAGUGGUGCUGUUCUUUCUCUGGCUAUGGGGGAGGAGGGAGAAUCAUGCUACAGCGGCGGUCUGGACGGCACCGUGCGAGGCUGGAAGAUUCCAGACCUUAAUGUGGAUCCUUACGACAACUAUGAUCCAGGCGUGGAGAGCAGCGUGUUGUCGGGGCAUGAAGACGCAGUGUGGGGAUUGGCUUACUCCUCCAGCCUGAAGCGUUUGGCCUCCUGCUCAGCAGAUGGGACUGUGCGGAUUUGGGACCCCCAUAAUUCCUCACCGUGUGUGUCUGUUUUCAACAAGGAGAAAGAACACGGCACUCCCACCUCGGUUGCCUUUGUAAACACUGACCCAUCCCAGGUUGUUGUGUCUUUCGAUGGGGGCGAGACUCUGCUUUAUGACCUCAACACAGAGCAAAGCAUCAUGGUCCUGGAGACCCAGACUAAGGAUGGCAGCGAGCUGAUUAACCGCGUGGUCAGCCAUCCUUCCCAACCGAUUUCCAUUACAGCCCACGAGAAUCGUACCAUCCGCUACCUGGACAACAAGACAGGGAAAGUGAUCCAUUCCAUGGUGGCUCACCUGGAUGCUGUAACCUGUCUUACCACAGACCCUAAAGGCACUUACCUCAUCUCCGGCAGUCAUGACUGCUCGGUGCGCUUGUGGAUGCUGGACAAUCGCACGUGUGUGCAGGAGAUCACAGCACACAGGAAAAAACACGAUGAGGCCAUUCAUGACGUGGCCUUCCACCCCUCGCAGCCCUUCAUCGCCAGCGCUGGGGCCGACGCGCUCGCCAAGAUCUUUGUUUGAUUUUCUCACUGGGGAGCCACCCUCACUACUGGGCCAAAAGAGUGAAACGCCGAAUAUCCGCACGCACACACACACACACACACUCACAAACUCACUCAAAUGAGGGGAACAAUGUUCUACACAUCACUGCCUGUGUAAAAGGCACACAACUCAAUAACCCAUCAUUUUUUUAUGCCUCACAUUGUAAUACAAACUCUAAUCGCUUUCAAUACUAAUGAGUUUGCUGCUCUGGUCCUGAUUUCAGUUUCAGACGACACUACUAACAAUCUGCACAGCGUGUUGCGAAGGAUGUCCAAUCUGUUGACGGAUGGACCACGCAAACACACACCUUAACACAACACACACACCCUGGUUUUUAAUUUCAUGCUCGGUUUAGGUUGAGGAUUUGAAGGCUCUCGGUAAACAAGACAUUACCCAAGCCUGCGCAUUUUCUCAAUGUAAUUUGCAUUAGUGCUAAUCUGUGAAUUAAUGUCCUCGCGUAACUGUUGCCUAGUAACGUGAGGUGAUCGAUGCAUUUCAUUCCAAAGACUGCAUUAGAUGAGUUUUUUUGUUUUCGUUUCAGCUGCGAAGUACAACACAGCUUUACCUUUAGCCUCACAGCUAAGAGCCUUAGUAUUUCAGCCUUUCAUAAUCACUUCCUCAACACAUUUCAUUGGUAUGACAAGUACACCUUGAACUAAAACCAAACACAUGUAUCUGCAUGUGUACAUUUGUGACGGUGGCAGCACAAGCCUUUUGCAAUCACCGUCUUCAUUCAUAUCCAAUCAGGUGGCAUUAUCCGUAAUAGUCAGGUGACUGUUGAGUAGUGUAUUUAUUGUAGUGUUCGAUAUCAGUCGGAAGACUUUUUGGGAAGAUCUGCAGUUGGAUGAGAAACUAAUUUCUGUAUAUAAUCAAGAUGCGCUGUACAUAGCACACUUGUUUCACAACCUUGGUGCUAAGAUCUCUGAAUCAGGGACCUGUUCACGACGAGGGUCGUAAAGUAUCAAAUCUCGGUUGACCCCUGCCACUCCUCUGAGUCAUCAUGUACAGUUCUUUGGCAUUUCAGAAAUACAGCCAGUGUGUUGGGAAUUUCAGAAUACAUCUGGUGUGCCGAAGUGGCUUUUAAGGUUUUGUCAGGGUAUUUUUAAGACGGGCUAGAGGAUCUUCGGUUGACGAUUGUUUCCAAAAAAAAUUGAAGCAAACUACAAGUUCCAGUGUUUAAGGACAGCUGUAUUGUCGAUUCUUGAGUUUUUGGACAUCUGUGAUCUUGACCUAAGUUCUUUUUUCAGCAAAGUGAAGUUUGAAAUGGUGUUUUAAGUGACAAGAAAUCUAGUUCCCCCACUUUACAGAUGAAAUUUACCAAGAAGGUAAAAUUACAGUGGUGGAACAUAGGGGUUGACGCUUUCAAAAAGUCCACUUGAUAGGUCUUGUGCACUUAGUAAACAUUUUUAAUUGAAAUAAAAUUGGGGUGCCUUGCUUUUUGUUGGCUAAGCAAGGAAUCAAAAUGCAACUCUGAAACUUGAGGGGGGCACCAAUGUGAGAUGAAGAAUCUGAUCUUUAGGUUUCUUCAUUGGAGGGAGCCUGGUCUUGGGCUCUGGAGAUCGAAGGUCACAUCAUGUAUUAGCCAGUUUCCGUUUUGCAGGGUUUAUUUUUGUCCUUUAAUGGUUUUCCUUGGUCGUAGAUGAGUGGCUAGAAGGCAAGUCAGAAGCAACAGAAAGACUGAUGGGCUAUAAAGAGCGUUUUAGCAUAAUGGAGCCAUGUCAGUCCUUAACCAGACCGCCUCCGUCUAGAAUCACUCCAUCCAUCCAACCCAGAAAAUGAGGUUUCCUAGUUGGGGGCUUGGUCUUUGGCAAAAAGCGGUCUUGAUUUGUGAGUUGGAAAGUGUAGAAAACCUCUUGGAGUAAUUUUAUUAACGGACAAGGUUAUGUCUUGUGUCCUUUUGUAUAAUGACGAGACCACCGUUUCAUUUUGGGAUGUUCGCCCAGUCAAUGAAUGUCACAACCACAGACAUGCGUUCAGUGGAAUCUCAUAAUCAUUUGCUGCUUACCUCUUUUCCUAGAGACUUCGCACUGCACACUAACGGUUAGCUUUAUGCUACACUACACGUGUAGAAUAACACAAACAGUUCGGUUCAUCGACGGAUUGCUGCAUCGUUAAGUUCUCUUCCAAAGACUGCCGGUUGCAUGGGUGUUUUAGACGAGUCCUGCUGUCUCUUUUGUACACCUUUUUCCGCACCCCUCGAUGCAAUACGAGUCUUGAAAUUACAGUGACAAAACACAUUCCUUACCGAGAGAGGACGAAUCUGUGUAAAAAAAAAAAAAAAAUGGAUAGAAACCGAAAAUGUUUAUAUGUUUGACAAGCUGCCGAUGCAAACUGUAAGUUUUCCAUUUUCUCACAUAUAUGCUUUUCUUUACUAGACAUAUUAUCAUUAUGAUUACUAGUAAUAAGGUGUAAGACGACAGUAGUACCUUUUUUGCUAGGCUUAAGAAUUGCUUGUGAUUGUGUAAAAGCCUAAACUGAAAAUUGUAUGGAAAUUUAAGAAAAAAGAAAAAAAAAGAAAAUGUUUCAGUCCACAGCCAAGGUAAAAAGGACUUUUUGUUAUGUGUUUUUAUUUUUUAAUAGCAAUUUAUCACUGUGUGAUAUUUUGUACAUCAUAUUAAGCUGUAUUCAAACUAUAUCCUCUAACUACAAGGGAUAAAAAAAGACCAGCCUUUUAUUUAUUUUGUUUUAUUAUACAUAUUUUUGAACUGCUUUCUAGCUUGUAUCAAAUUACAUCUUUUUCAUUAUUCCUGUUGAUUUUCCUUUUCUUUUUUUUUUCUAUUUCUUUUUUUGUUUAUUCUGCAGGUCUUGUGUUGUAUGUCAUAAAAAAAUCCAAAAACAACUAAAUAAAAACAUGGUUUUGUACAGAGA